UCAUGUGCAUAAUAAAAAUCACGAGACUCUACCUCUGGCAAAAUCUCUAAACUAGCGCUUCUUCGCGACAAGAUUUUAAAAUGGAUGUUUCAACUCUGAUACAAAACCUUAAGCAAGAAUUAACCUGCCCGGUGUGUAUUCAUCUUUAUAAAGAACCCAAACAGUUGCCAUGUUUACAUAUUUUUUGCCUUGAAUGCCUGAACGGCUUGGUAAACUCGAAUGCUCAUCAAGGCCAGAUUAAAUGUCCUCUCUGCCAGAUUGAAGUCGCCGUACCCGAUUGUGGCACAAUGGAAACUCUGCCAGACUGUUUUUACUUGAAAAAUCUACUGGAUCUUUUGGUCAUCAAAGAAUGCAACACAUCGGAGGUGACUUGUGGAAACUGCGACGAGAAAAGCGACGAAGUGUCUUACUGUUUUCACUGUAGCAAGUUUUGGUGCAAAGACUGUUUAAAUGGUCAUGACAUUUUGAAGGAAAACAAAGAACACCGUGUUAUCGCAUUAAGAGAUUUUAAAGAAGAAGAUUUCGAGGAUGUUGUAAGACGACCGGCGUUUUGCCAGGAAGACCUUCACGAGAGGAAAGUUCUCAAUUUAUUUUGUAAAAUGUGUCAAAUACCUGUUUGCCAGAAUUGUGUAACUCUCCAGCAUAGUACACACGAUGUAGAACAUUUGGAACUAACUGUACAGGCGGUGAAGAACAAUAUUGAUUGUAAACUCGACUCUGUGAAGAAAUCAUGUCGGAGAUUUUCAGAUUAUAUACGAAAACUAGAUGAAAAAUUUAGUCUGACAGAUCGGCGGCGCCAACUUGUCAAAGGAAAGAUUCAGGAAACCUUCAAGUCUUUAAUCGUCACUCUACAGGAACAAGAACGUGAUCUAGUGACCCAACUGGAAGAACAGAGCAACGAAACACAAGAAGACCUCAUGAAACGCAAACGUGAAUUUCAAGAAAAAUUGAGCAAGAGCGAGAAAGCGAUCGCGCAUAUUGAACGCCUCGUUGAACGUAGCACAGAAGCAGAACUUGUAACAACGAAAACAGUCAUAGAUGAGCUUUUUCAGCAACUUGGACAGCCACAAGAGAUUCAGCCUCCAGUCAUUGAAAAGAAGAGUUUAACUGUCUUCUUGAAAAACCACGAAGUCAUUAAAGGACUUCAGAAGUCGGGAAUUGGUCACCUAUAUACCACUACAACUGAAACAGACGUAAAGCAGUGUUUGGUUCGUGAUGGUGACGAAGUUACCGCGGGACUGGAGACAAAGUUUGAAGUGAUUACGAGAAAUUCUACCGGGGAACAGUUCUACUCCUCUGCGGAUGACAUUGCUGUUGAAAUUAUGGGCACACAAAGCAGGAAACCUGUAGCUGAAUUAAACUUCGUGAACAAGAAUGAUGGAAGGUACGAAAUUUCAUUCAUUCCAAGUAAAGCUGGAAAGCAUGUGUUAUCUGUGGGCAUCAACGGAGAAACUAUCAGAGAUCUUCCCCCCAUACACAUCAGAGAACGCACUUUCAAGCCUAUAGUACAUUUUGGAGAACAAAGCAUAGAUGAAAAAAAAUUGAACUCCCCCUGGGGAGUGACUGUAAAUAACUCAAACGAUAUCUUUGUUACUGACAUGGACAAUAAUCGAGUACUAGUGUUCAAUGACGAAGGGAACUUCGUCAGAUCGUUUGGAGAAAAUUUUCUUGAGGGACCAACAGGGAUAAGCGUUGACAAUAAUGGUGGGAUUUUUGUCGCAAACAGAACAAGUAAUAAAAUAUUGCUUCUUGAUCCAGACGGGGAUUAUGUCUCAACUGUCAUCAGUGAAGGCUCACUGAAAGAUCCCCGCGGGAUAUCCCUUGAUUCCCAAGGUCACCUUAUUGUGUGUGAUUCGGGAAAUAAGUGUGUCAGAAUCGUCUCCGUUCAAGGAGAAGUUUUAAGUACUUUCGGAGAGGGUUGUUUUCGAAUGCCUUUUGACUGUGUGUGCUAUGAGGACAAAAUCUUUGUUUCUGAUCGUGAGGGUCACAUGAUCAAAGUUUACAGUAAGGAUGGAAAACUUUCGCAUGAAUUUGGUGGGCGUGGGACUAGGGACGGGGAACUGUACCACCCUACGGGACUAACAGUAGACAAAACAGGACACCUCUUGAUCUGUUCCGAGCAUAGUCAUAAGAUACAGAUGUUUACUUUCGAGGGCACAUUUGUGUCAAAAUUUGGUACGCCUGGAAAAGAUUUAGGACAACUUGGUCGACCCACUUCCAUAUCUCUACUUAAAAGCGGUCAUAUCGUUGUCUGCGAGUUCGGAAACGACCGCUUACAAAUUUUUGCGUGAGACUUAAAGAAAUGUUUCAGGAACAAAUCUCAUGUACCCAUUUAUUUUUUUCUAUUUUUAAAUUUGACAGGCAUGAUCGUCCCUUUUUUUGACUUAAACAUUUUUAUGAUAUUAGAGAUCAUUUAAUGUAAACAGGAGAUACCGUUCGCUCUGCGUUAAACCAGAACAACGAGGUGCACUUGAUGUAAAAUAGCAUGAAUUAAAGUUAAAUUGUUUCCUCUUA